AUGCUGAUCGCGAAUAAUAGUAAUAAUAACAACAACAAUAGCAGCAGUAACAACAUCAAUAGCAACAAUUAUUACACAAACCGAAAUCGUAAAUAUCAUUUGAACUACAGCAGCAGUAAAAACAAUAGUCACCAACAUAAUCACCACAGCAGUUACAAUAAUAAUUAUUGUAAUCAAAGUAAUAGUGUUAGAGUGGCAACAGGCGACGAGUUGGUCGAAUGUAUGGAGACAACAGUGUUGGAGAAUACCCAAAUUUACAUGUAUGCGCACAAAAAAACUGAAACCGCAGAAACGUCAGCAGUCAAUACAACAAGGAUGGCACCGGGAUUUUAUAACGGUAAUAACGAUAUACAGCCACAGUUACGUAUUAAAAGAAAACGUCAAUCGGUAGCGGUUGGCAGAGAAAGAGCAGUGGGAAAUGCGCGCAACGGUAGCAACAGCACAAUUCGUCAACUAAUUAAAACAUCGUCGCCGAGCAGACAUCACCAUCAGCUUCAACACUGCCGCAAACAAGACUUGUAA